GGACUUUGUAUUCCUCGAAUAACUCAGAGAAAUUCUCAUACACAGUGACCGUUGUAGGACGAUGUUUUUCUAGAGACAAUAGACAAAAGGUAAUAGCAGGCUUUUGAUGGAUUAGCAAAUGAGUGGAAUUAGAAUUUAGAAAUUAGUUGACUCAAUGGAAUAACUGAGAAAGGGAUACAAAGCCAGAUUACAGAGACGACAUGGCCAACCUUACAAUAGUGGAUCAACCGGUCCUGCUGUCUGGCAAUGACACCAUAUCGUCCUAUAACGACUGGUUAUACAAAGGAAUCAACGAGUUCAAGGAAACAUUGUAUACACACAAGGAAACUAGAACAAUUGUUCUGAUAUCAAUUUACGUACCCGUGUUCACAUUUGCAUUGUUCGGGAACAUUCUGGUUCUUAUACUGGUAUUUACAAACAGGAAGAUGAGGAAUGUGACAAACGUCUUUUUGGCGAAUCUGGCGGUUGCCGACUUACUGGUGUGUAUCUUCUGUAUACCUUUGACUGCUGGCAACAUUGUCUACAACAUGUGGAUCUACGGGGAGGUGCUUUGUAAACUGUCAGCAUACCUUCAAGGUGUAUCCGUGGCAGCAAGUACAUUGACCAUUAUGGCCCAAAGUGCUGAUCGCUACAUAGCUAUUCGACACCCUGUCAAGGCGAGACGUUUUGCAACUAUGCGUAAUGCAAGAAUAUUGAUAAUCUGCAUAUGGACAUUGGCCUGUGGUCUCAUGAUCCCAUUGAUUAUAAUCCGAAAACUGCACUCGUUUGACCUUGGUCCUUAUUCCGCAGAGUUGACAGUCUGUAAAGAAGCUUGGCAAAGCUCGUUUGAUAAUAAACUGUACGACUCAUUCCUUCUUGCUUUUAUCUAUCUCAUCCCUGGAUCCGUGGUGAUCAUCCUUUAUUCUAUGACAGGCUGUCGGCUACUGAUGAGCGAUACAUUCCUGCAGAGGAACAACUCCGGUGUAUCAAGAAGGAAUAACCUCAUGGCAGGUCGAAGGAAGGUAGCCCGGAUGUUACUCAUUAUAGCUAUAUUAUUUGCUGUCUCUUGGCUUCCAUACUACAUUGUUAACCUGUCCAUGCUAUACGAUGACAAAUACCAAACAGGGGGCUACCUGGAAGCCUUACCAUUCGCCCUAUUAUUGGGGCACUCGAACAGUGCCCAGAACCCUCUACUAUGUAGCUUUAUGAACACUCACUUCAAAGAGAGGAUUAAGGGCAUGCUAAAAGGGAGGUGUCACCAACAAGAUGUCAAUAGGCAGAAUAGUACAUACAUGCAAUACAGCGAAAGAGUGGGUUCAGAGAGGGUGGAACUGUCCUUCAAAAGAAUUUUUAGACAGUCAACCCACAGUAAUGGCACGCGUACAAGUUCUUUGAAAGAAUUACCAGGGGCUGAAAAGUUCUCUCUCAACGGAUCCAUUCACUCUAGAAUAUCUUCCCACAAAGCCCCUGCGUAUAUCCACAAACAUUCUAACCAACCGAGUGAUAAAAAUGUAAAAAACGCGAACGAUGUUAGUUUUGUUGUGGCUAAAACGAUCGUGGACGUCUCGAGGGAGUCAUCGAGUAAAGAUGAGAAUAGACAAUUAGAUGACACUACUGAAAUAACUAAUAAAUGAGCGAGAGAGAAUAAAUCUGCUUGUAUCACCAAGUUAUGAGAAGUGUGAGUGAAAUAUUAGAAGAGAUGUAUACGUACUUUGUAAAGUUACUUUUGUCACCAAGUUAAGAGUGAUAUUUGCAAACCUUUUUGAGAAGAGUGUUUUAAAUUACCUUAGUCAUUAAGGUAAUAUUGGGUUGCGCCCCUGUAGGCUGUUUGAGUAAUCACGAUGAGAUAAGAAACAUGUAUAACGACCAAUUUGAAUUGAAACUCAUCACAUUUUCUGUUUCAACAGAAGCAGGGUAAGGAGAAACGAGAUCUCAUGGUUUAUCAUGAUGUGAAACUACCUACUCACAAAAUAAAGACAAAAUUAUGAAAACUGCCCAAAUCACACAGUAAAGACACAAGCUUGAAAUUCUAUAACACUUUAAGAAACUACCUAA